AUGAGCCGGGACUACCUCGCAUAUGCGAGCGUCGCUGUAUCGGUCCUCAUCGCUUACAGUGUCGCCUCCACCGUCAACCAGUGGCUGCGGCUCAGGCACAUCAAGGGGCCCCCGAGCGCUGGGUUUUGCAAGUGGUGGCUCCUCCGCGCAGUGGGAGGAGGUAGGGCGCAUCUGGACUUUUACGAGGCUUGCGAGAAGUAUGGGUCGAUUGUUCGUGUCGGGCCCAACGAUCUCAUCACCAGCGACCCGGAGUUGAUGAAGCGCAUGCUCAAUGUUCGGACGACUUACCGGCGAUCCAUCUGGUAUGAAGGGAUGAGACUCAAGCCCGGCCAAGACAAUGUGCUGUCUGCAAGAGACGAUGAGUUACAUCACAAACUCCGGUCGAAGAUGGCCGCCGGUUAUUCCGGAAAGGAAGUUGAGAAUCUGGAGGCCAAGCUUGACCAGAACGUCCUGCGACUGGUUGACCUGCUCGACAAAUACGUCUCAGAGGACAAACCUUUCGACUUUGGCGCCAAGGCCCAGUAUUUUACGCUCGACGUCAUAUCGGACCUUGCUUUCGGGGAGCCGUUUGGAGACUUGGCGACCGACUCGGACGUGCACGAAUACAUCAAGACGAUGGAGCAAAACAUGCCAACCAUCAUCGUGACUAGCGUGCUGCCAUGGCUCCUCGCCCUGCUCUCGUCACCCCUGUUCAGGCACAUGAUGCCGUCCGAGAAAGACGCCAUCGGCGUCGGGAAGACCAUGGGUAUCGCCAAGCAAGUGGCAGCCGAACGGUUCGGACCCAACAAAAAGGUGCAGAAAGACAUGCUUGGGUCCUUUGUCGCGCGAGGGCUUACCCAAGCCGAGGCAGAGUCCGAAAUACUCAUGCAACUUUUGGCUGGCUCCGAUACGACGGCGACCGCCAUCCGGGCGACGAUCCUCCAUGUCAUUACGAACCCCAAAGUCACAGCCGCCCUCCGCGCGGAGAUCGACGGCGCCAACCUCUCGAGGCCCGUCGUCUCCGACGCCGAGGCGCGCGCGAUGCCGUACCUGCAGGCGGUCAUCAAGGAGGGCCUCCGCAUCUUCCCGCCGGUCGUGGGGCAGAUGUCCAAGGAGGUGUGCAACGGCGGCGCCGGCGACACGUUCAAGGGCGUGCACCUCCCGGAGGGCACCAGGAUAGGGUACUGCGCGUGGGGGAUAUUCCGCAGACAGGACAUCUGGGGCCCGGACUCCCACCUCUUCCGGCCUGAGCGGUGGUUGGAGGCCGACGCGGAGAGGCUGCGGACGAUGGAGGGCACGUUGGAGCUGGUUUUCGGGUACGGCAAGUGGCAGUGCCUGGGUAGGAACGUGGCCUGGAUGGAGCUGAACAAAGUCUUUGUCGAGCUCUUGAAGAGGUUCGAUCUCGUACUGGUCGAUCCUACCAAUCCCUGGCACUCGGUGUGCAGCGGUGUCUUCUUGCAAUCCGAGUACUGGAUCCGGGGAUACAGAAGAACGACUUCAACAGGUAACUAA